AGGAAGAACCCUGCAUGAACAUACACUUUCGCAGGUCCGCACGACUUGUCUGGAUCGGCACUGGACCCCCCUAGCGGCGCCUCCGGCGCCGCCGCUGGGGCGUUCCGCGAGGGGGCCCAAUGCCGAUCAAAGAGAUCCACGCGGAGUUGCCACAAGCUCCGCGGCUUAUGCCGUUUGGCUUCCUCGAGGUUGGGGCGACGAGGAGCAGGCGAAUGCGGAAGCGGAAAAGGAUGGUUAUCGUGUGGUUUGACGCGGACUGCCAGACGCCCCCUAAAUGGGGGCACGAGCGUACCGGGGUCAGAGCCCUGUGCUACCCAAGCGCCGCCCGCGCGCGCCGCAGCCAUUGCGAUUCUGAAUGCCUGGACGCAGGAUGCUCUGGCUGGGGGCAGCGCAGGAGGCAGAGAAAGAUCCCCUGGGACGUGGAGGCGGAGGAGAAGACGAGGGGACCAAGAGAAGACAGGAGCAGGGGGUGAGGGGAGAGAAGCGCCGCCCCCACAGGCUACUGUAACGCAGAGCGCUCGCCGGCCCUCGCGCGGCGAGCGCAGAUGUGCUGCUGUUGAUGAUCAUCCUUCUCAUCCUCCUCCUCAUCCACC